AUGAAAGAGUCGAAGAGUGUGAGUUGGACUGUAUUGCUUCGAAUAGAAGAUACUGACUUCGCCUCACAUAUAAACUUUCCACCUGGCUCACAAGUGACAUCUGCCUUGCCACAUGGCGCAAGUUUCUGGACACGGACAGCCAGAAUUAGUCUUGCCCUGGAAGACGGCUCCCCGUACAACCUAUUUCUCAAAGUAGCUGAAGGCCCUGACGGCCUGGGGCUUGUUUAUGGCGAAUAUGAAGCAGCGAAGACACUUUACGGUGUUGCUCCCAACUUCUUGCCAAAGCCAAUUGGAGCUGGAACCUAUAUCUCUGAUCCUAACACCUAUUUCUACCUCAGCGAGUAUGUCGACAUGAUUGAAGAAGUUCCCGAUAUGCAGAAGUUCUGCGUAUCGCUUGCAAAGAUACACCGGGACAGCGUGCCUCUGUCCCUAAAGGGGCAGUUUAGUUUUCAUAUUGUAACCUAUAAUAGUAAUAAAGCUCGUGACGUCACGUAG